AAGAUAUUUUCAAGAUGGCGGCCCAAGUACGCAUGCGCAGUCUGCGUCGCUCGGAUGGCAGAUGUAGUGACACGGGAGUCGUGAGAAGUUUGAGUGGCGGAUGCAGGGGGGCAGGCCGCUUGUGGAGGUGGUCCGCCUGGGCCUGCUGUCCUACCAGGAGGCAUUGCAGCUCCAGCAGGUCUAUGUCAAGCGGCACCAGGCCGGUCCGGCUCACGCUCUGCUGCUGUGUCAGCACCCUCCUGUCUACACCACAGGCAUCCGCCAGAAACCCUACCCGCCUUCCUCGCUGGAACACCUGCGUCUGCUGGGAGCCCAGGUCCACAAGGCUGACCGAGGAGGACUCAUCACGUUCCACGGCCCAGGGCAGCUGGUCUGCUACCCAGUCCUGAACUUGGGCUCCUUCAAGAAGAGUGUCCGCUGGUACGUGUCACAACUGGAGGAGACCGUCAUCUCGGCCUGUAGAAGAUUCCAUGUGAAGGCGUCCACGUCUCCUCACACCGGUGUUUGGGUCGGAGACAACAAGAUUUGUGCUAUUGGGAUCCGCUGCUCCCGCUACGUCACGUCGCACGGCUUGGCUCUCAACUGCAACACCGAGCUGUCGUGGUUCCGGCACAUAGUGCCGUGCGGCCUGGAGGGCAAGGGCGUGACCUCGCUUAGUGCAGAGCUGCACAGAGACAUCAGCGUGGACGACGCCGUCCCUCACCUGCUGGACGCUUUUGCAGACAGCUUCCGCUGUCACUUGGUAGACACCCACGGCUCGGUGAAUAUCAAAUGAGUUCAUGAAUGAAUCAGUCAACGCACUGGGAUGACAACAAUGAGUCCAGGAUGGAUGACAGUGCUUUCUUCAACGUUAAUAAAGCUGAGUA